AUGGCACCAGAGCAACAACCCUAUUCAUGCGGUCGUUUACUCAAAAGCCCGCUAGCACUCCGUACUACACGCGUUUUCAUUCUUCUUCUCCUCAUUGCAUCCCUUCCGAUACUCUUUGUCUAUCAUGACCAAUUGAGCAAGCUACAUGGCAACAGUCCUAUUGCUUCUGAUCCAUCUUCAAAUUCACCGAGCGACAUUACCUCACCUGCACCUAUACCUACAUCUACAUAUAUACCUACAUCUACAUCUAUAUCGUCAUUAUCGUCUAGGACUUCAUUGGCCGGUAACAACGCUACAAUAACAGCAACAACAGUAAAAGCAGCAGAGACAGCAGAAACAGCACCUACUUCACCUUUGAAUACAGUAACUGCUCCAGCUCCUGAUACACUCACCCUAUGGUCAACCAUGAAUACUGUCGACUAUAUCUACAUUGUAUUGUCAAUCUUGACUCUCUUCCUCCAUGCACAUCCAGAUCGACCUUUUUUCCUCGGUUUCCAAGUCACGAACCUUUGUGUGCUGAUCCUUUUUGCCUUCAUCUGGUUGAUGCUUAGCACUAUCUGGUUCACAGAUAUUGCAUGGAUGAAUAGCAACAAUCUUUCGUCUCCCUCUAUGGCACCAUCACUUUCAUCCUCUCCAACAGCUAGCUUCAUUUCAAUUUCGCCCUCCUUGACUACAACUAUUGCAACAACCGUUACCAUCACUACAACUGCAACCACAGCCUUUACUUCUACUACCAUCGUCACUCCUACUACAACUUUAGGAUAUGUUCCUCCAGAAGACACGAGAUAUAGGCGUAUCUCAAGUAGCGAAUCCACUGUAACCAUAUAUCCGAUAUAUCCAUCAGUUACAUUCGCAGCAUUAGCGGCAGAUACAACAACAACAAUAACAGCCGCAAUACAAAAGGUGCCCGGCUCAUCCACGGUAGCAACGACAACAACAACAACUGCUGAUGAUACUAGCACUCCUACAUCUUCCAAUACAGUACCCAAUCCUUCAUCUUCAUCAUCGUCAACUUCUUCUUCGACUCAAUUAUCUUGGGGCACUCGAUGGGCAUCUGAAUGUCUCUCAACCCCAGGAAUGGAUUCGAGGCCUUGUGAGCUCAUGAUCGUAUAUCAUGUUCUGGGUUGUGUGAUUGGGAUUCUGUUGAUAAUAGAGGGUAUUAUGUCAUGGUUGAUCAACAUGCGUGAAGAAUCAGUCGAGACUCGUCUGAAGCGAUUACAAGAACUCGAGGAUCAGAAAGCUGCGAAAUAUGCAAAGAAAACUAAACGGAUACAAAGAGAAAUGAAGGCUUUACAGAAUUCUAGGCUAGUUAUCGAAGGGCCUAUCAUUGGAUAA